UUUUGGACCGAAACCGAGACCCAGGACAUUCGUUGUAUCCAGAUGCAGAUACAGGGGGCAGGUCGAAUCUCAAUCGCGGCGCAGUUCAAGGGAUAAGUGGGUGGGCCCAACCGGUCAUCAAGACUCGAUUGGGCAACAUCAUGUACAUGGCAGCGAGGUGAGUGAUGGGUCACCACUUGGACCUCAGGUGAAGGCCUCGGAUCGUGGCCGACGCUGGCGUCAAUAUGAAGGCGCAUUUCUGCUCGCGGGAAGACCCUCAGCGAUUUCCUCAGCUUCUGUCCCUUUGCAGAAUGCCAUUGUGAAAGCAGAGGCACUCACUCGAUCAUUCAGUCUGGACCAUAGUCACUCUUUGUUCUAUUUUGUUUUCCCCGUCCAGACAUUCCAAUCAUUAAUCGACACUCCUUUUUGCAGCUUUCUUCUCCCAGUCAUACAGCGUUAUCUCUUGUCGAUAUAUUUGUAGCAUAAUACCGUAAUCCGCACUUCAAAAUGGUUUCUCUCUCACAAACACUCUCCUUGCUUGCCGUUGGGGCUUUCCACGGUGCCCUGGCCCUGGAUGCGGCAGGGUGGAGAAACCAGAGCAUCUACCAGAUCAUCACAGAUCGGUUUGCCAGGACAGAUGGUUCGGCGCCACUCUGCGACGCCUCCCUGGGCACUGCCUGCGGAGGAACUUGGAAGGGUAUCACCAACAAGCUCGACUAUAUUCAGAACCUUGGCGCCACUGCCGUUUGGAUAUCGCCCGUUGUUAAGAAUGUCGAGGGCAACUUCGGCUUGUCUGGGGAUGCCUACCACGGCUUUUGGACCGAGGACCUCUACUCGCUGAACGAGCACUUUGGCACAGAGGACGACCUGAAGGAGCUUGCCGACUCUCUGCACGCUCGCGGGAUGUACUUGAUGGUUGACAUUGCGCCAAACCAUAUCGGUCUGCCCACGACGGCGGGGAACUACAGCAAAUUCAACCCUUUCAACGAUGCUAAAUACUUUCACGACAAGUGCAGUAUCCAGUGGAACAACCGCAAGUCUGAGCAGCUGUGCUGGCUCGAAGGCCUUCCCGACCUUCGCACCGAGGACGAUGAUGUCCGCAAGAUCUAUAGGGAAUGGAUCAAGGACCUCGUCUCGAAGUACUCGAUUGACGGGUUCCGCGUCGACACAGCACUUGAAAUCGAGCCUGAGUUCUGGACCGAGGGUGGCGUCAAGGACGCUGCCGGCGUGUUUCUCCUUGCUGAAAUCAACCACAGCGCUCCUGAGACACUGGCCCCCUAUCAAAAGUACCUCGAUGGAUACAUGGAUUUCAGCAGCUGGAACUGGUACGUGGAGGCGUUCCAGGCGGUCGAUGCGGACCUUGCGGCCCUCUACACGGGCACCAACAAGCUCGCGGCCAUGACCGAGAUCGACCCCUCCCUGUUUGGCUCGUUCCUAGAGAACCACGACCAGGUCCGUUUUGCUUAUCGCAACGGGGACGUGGCGCUGGCCAAGAACGCCAUCUCGAUCUCGAUGCUUCGCGAUGGAAUCCCCAUCGUCUACUACGGCCAGGAGAAACACUACGCGGGCGGCAACGUGCCAAAUAACCGCGAGGCACUCUGGCUGGGCGCCGGCUACGACAUCUACUCCGAGCUUUACGGCUGGAUCCAACAGACCAACAAGAUUCGAGCGCACGCGGCCCGGGGCAACCCCAAGUUCCUGACGGAGGAGCGCACGACGGCGCUCUUCUACGACGGCGACAGCACCAGCAACAGCAGCAGCGUCAUCGCCUUCCGGAAGGGCCAGAUGAUCAGCAUGUAUACCAACGGAGGGAGCGCAGCUGUGAACAACGCCAGCUACGCCCUGGGCGCGGCCGUGACCGACUACGAGGCCGGCGAGGAGCUGAUUGACGUGCUGAACUGCGAGUCCUUCACGGUGGACAGGGAUGGACGCCUCAACGUGCAGAUGCCAGCGGGCGGCCUGCCGCGUGUCUUUCUGCCUGCGGCGCAGACUGAUGGCCUCUGUAAUAAUGUCGGAGCACCUGUGUCUGAUGCUGCCGAGGUGGUCUCCGUGGACAAGAACAUGGGAAGCAACAAGCGGUCUGCUCCGUUUGUGACGAGGAGGACUCUCCGGGCGAACUAGAGGAGAGGCGGUGGAUGAAAUCACUUGUACAGACACACGGAAACGUUUAAUGCGGAUGGAAAUGAGUAUUUUACUUCCUACACGUAAAGACAACUGGGGCUAUUCAUUCUGAUAUAAGACCCACACCAAGUAAAUUGAGAUCUAAUAGAGUGCACAGACCUCACAACGAGCUAUCGCCUGUCCCUGUAGUCCGGCAUGAUCAUCUGUUAUCGGCGGCUCGUUCCACUGUCUCUCUUACGGACAGAGCGUGUUGGCCGGUAAUAUCGCAGGGAAUAGUAUGGUUCGCAUAGUAUUCUUUGCAGAUCUGCCGCGUCUCGGCUGUGCCCUAUAAAAUGUCGUUACCGCCCUGAAAUGGCAAGGCCAGCAUACACUCAUUCUGGCAUGGCUGGGAACCUUAAAAGAAUGCCGAUGUCACCAACGCGUGCAGCUGACCCAAUUGUGUGGACAUCUUUGCUGCUGCUGCACCAGUAAGGAACUUCCUGGCGGCUGAAUAGGAAGCACCUCUGCGCCGAAACACCUAGGACGCCGACUCGAUCGGGAAAUGUAGGAUGCCCAGACCUUGGGUCUAAGACUGUCAAGCCUCCGUGUUGACGUAGACGGAAGGCGAGCACACCCACGCCCACGCCCACCAGCCGUCGCGCGAGCUGGACCUCGGCAUCACCACCAGCCCAGGAUGGGAGCUCCAACAAGCCGCCGUGGGGAAGGCAGGGGGUGUGCUGCUCGACGCAUGUGAUGUGAAGCGGAGCUUCGGGGCUCGCAGCGCCGGGCCACCAGGACGGAAGUGUCGGGUUACCCCCCGCGCUUGCGCACGCGCAACGUGGCUGGCGGCGGAGCCAGGGCGAGCUCGAGGCCGGGGGAGUGGCGUUGGUGUUGUCUUGGGUUUCGUUCGUACUCGUUGUUGCCGCAUCUGUUACUCUCUGGAGAAGCCUGCAAUGCCUUGCAUACAGCGUUGAGGUCUGCCGUGAUCUGGGAGAAAAGCUGCAAUACUCGUGCGCCGGCAUUUGGGAGGGGUGGGCGAUUGCCGCAUCUGGCAGGCCUUGCGCUGUUUUCUGAGGCCUCGAUGCCUGUGUUUGUUGGGGCGGGCUGCUCGGGCGCUGCAGUAGCAGUGCCUUUUAUGGAGGAUGUGCUUCUCAGUCAGGAUUUGUGAAGGCGCUCCAGAGUCCUUGCGGCAUGGUGAUGCAGUUGUAGUUGUCGGCUUAUGAGCAGCAUCUGGGGCGGUACGUACUCAAGUAUCUUUGUCCCCCGGGUCUUCCCCGGAUUCCCCAGACUUUGGCUUGGGCCUGGACUGGGCCUGCAGAAGAGAAGCUUGGCUCCAAGCUCCCGCAGGAGGGUGUGGCUCGCUGCUAGUGCUGGGAGAUUGCUUUGACCCGGCAGAGGCAGGUACUGCCCUCAUCGACGUCGAAGGACCCGAAUUCACACGACAGACGCCACAGACACACCUCAGGCACACAACGCACCCGAGGAUGGGUGCAACGAUGGUCCAUGACGGGCAAUGCCGGAGUGCACACAGAUCGAGGGCCAUGCGUGCGAGACGAUGCGGUGGGUGCCUCAGGGACGGCGUGGAUAAAUAAGACGGAGACGGAGAGGCUGGGGCGUGUGCCGAGAGAUCAUUUGGUUCCAAC